AUGACCGCAUAUUCUCUGUUUGACCGGCCGUCGUUCGACGAGAAGCUCAGGUCGAUCAGCAACCCACUGCACCUCAGCUGCCUUUUGGCUGCCAUGUCCGCAUUCUCGGCACGCUUUGUCGCGGAAAGCCAUGGGAGCGACUGGACUGAUCCUCUCCACGAGCACCCCAGUAAGAUCCCAUGUCCCGACCACUUCCACCAACUGGCUCUCCGUUGCGAGGAGGAGGCGUUGACCGACUGCGGAGAUGAUGCUCCUCCUCUGGACUUUCUCCAGGCCGUCAUCUUGAGCACGUGGUUCCAGCUGAUCAAGGGCGUCCGUGGACGAUCCUGGAGGUGGUUAGGUAUUACCAUCCGAAUGGCGUACGAGUUGAAUCUCCACCUCAUUGAUGCUGGCAAAUCUGAAGAUUGGGCGCCCUCCACGCCCGCCGAGGUACAGGAGUGGUGUGCCGAUGAAGAGCGGAGGCGGGCCUGGUGGGCCAUCUGGGAGAUGGAUGCUUUCGCCAGCACCAUCAAACGCCUGCCGACGGCCAUCAAGGCGUCACAAAACCACACCCACCUUCCCAUCGAGGACCGGUUUUGGAUCGGACGCCAGUUCCAUGCCAGCUGUCCUCUGAAAAUGGAGCCUAUGGACCGGUGGAAGUCGCUCCAAAGAAGCGGCAACGAGAGUCCCGUGGCUUGGCUCAUCCUCGUCGCAUCGUUGAUGCAAGAUGCACAGGUCUCGAGUCCCGGAGGCGCGGUACAUCACCUCACAGCAAAGAUCGGCAGAAUGGAGCCUGGGGCUUCACAAGAAUCGCUCUCGUCCACGGAGGAAACGGCGCGGGCUCUGACCGUGACGACGCAUGCACUACAAUGCACCCUCAUGACCUUGCCUGAUGCACUCUGCUACCGAGAUGAGUAUCUGAGCUUUUCAUCCCCCAACCAGGCCGAGACAGUUGACCGCCGGAAAGUGGACAGUGCCAAAUACAGCAUCCAUCUCACCGCCCAGCUGGCCAAGUUCAUGAUCCACUCCCACAGUCUGUUUGGGCAAUCAUCCCCAGAACCGGGCGACACGGACCAUGAAACUCGGAGCAGUGGUAGACGGAACUCUUCCUCAGACCCCCCGCACAACUCCAACGCCACAGGGGGGACCAAGAAAGUGAUCGACCGCCAUGCCCUGCGGCAUUAUACGGAUUCGGCCAACAACGUGCUGGGGAUCAUCAACCGCAGCUCCCCCAACCACAUCCGAUAUGUGAAUCCAUUCAUGGCGAGCACCGUCUGGCUGGCGGCGGCGGUGCAAAUCGUCGAAGCCAACAUUGGGACCCCAAGCAAGGACAAGGUGAUCCAGGAUUCCAAGGUCGAAAUCCUCCGGUUGACCUACGAGAAACACGUGAGAUUCUGGGACACGCCGAGGACGCUGCUACACGGGCUUGAUGCGCUCGAUGCACACCUCAAAUCGACCAUCUCCUCCAGACACGUCAACGGCACCUCCGCCCAAGGUGACAAGGGACAAGGAAACGGUAGUCAUGUGAUCAAGGACUUGCCACCGAUGACACCGCAGGAAAGAGGGCCGAACUUGACAGGAACCGGACAUUCGAUCAUUUUCCGACGUUCAGUGACCCCCUCUGCCCAGAAUACGGCCUCGAGCGCCUCCCACGCCUCUACCAAGCUCGUCCCAACCGUGGAGGAAGACGUCUUACUCGGGCCGAGCGUGGAGGACAAUUAUUUCCCCGACUUUGAGCAAGCUCGGGAGCUGGAUUUGGACAAUUUAGGCUUCGACUUUGAUUUGGGCUUCGGCAUGGCCGCCGAUCUGGAAUGUUCGCUUAUGGCUCAAUGGAGGAUCCCAGACUGA